AUGAAAACUAAGGGUAUCCAAAAAAUCCUAAAGGAAAAGACUGAAUCCAAAACAAUAAUAUCUGAGCCGUACACCAUCCGAAUACAGCACGACAACUUAACUAUAGGAGGAACAAAAAAAGAAAGGGAAAAGCAAAAUGGAAAGUGCAAGUACCUCCUAAGCAAGAAAUCUCAAAGACGGACAGUGAGGAGUGAACCAUGGAAUAAGCCGUCUGAACCCCAAGGAAGCCAGCCAGGAAUCCGAAGGCUAAAUACUAGACACAUGGACAUGAUCACAAUAAAAGGGCCUUAUAAUCAAUGA